AUGGAGGCUGAACCCAUCUAUGAGGCAUGGGAGAGGUACAAUGCUCUAGUCAGAAAAUGCCCCCCUGCCAUGUUUAAUGAAUGGGAGAAGCUGCAAAACUUCUUUGAAGACUUAACAUUGAAAUCCCAGGAAGCUUUGGAUCAUUCAGCUGGAGCUCACAACCCACCACAAGCACCACCUGAACCCCAAAGACUCACCAACUUGGAGACCUUGAUAGACAAAAUGAUGAAACACCAGGAAAUAACAAACAAAAACCAUGAAGCAUCACUAAAAAGCCUAGAGAGGCAGAUUAGGCAACUCUCCAAGCAAAUUUCUGUUGAGAGACCUUCAAGCUCACUGCCCAGUGACACAAUCCCAAAUCCCAAGGAGGAAUGCAAGGCAAUACAAUUAAGGAAUGGGAGAACGUUGAUGAGCAACAAUGACACUACAAAGAAGCAAACAGAGAGCAUCAAAGAACCAACAGAGGAUGAGAAGCAAACAAAAGCAGAUGAAGCUAAGGAGCAAGUUGUGAUGCCAAACAAAAGCACUGAGAAACUUAAAGAGAAGGACAACCAGCCACAUAGCUCAAGGGAACUGACUCAGGGAGAGCAGCAAAUAGGAAAGAGCAUCGCACCUCCACUGCCAUAUCCUCAGAGGUUCAACAAAGAGGUUAAGGACCAGCAUUUCCACAAGUUCCUUGAGACCUUCAAGAAGCUGGAAAUCAAUAUUCCCUUGGCUGAAGCACUUGAGGCCUUGAUUCAAAAAGGGAUUCCUCCUAAGCUUGAGGACCCAGGGAGCUUCUUGUUGCCUUGCACCAUUGGGAAAUUGACCAUCACUAAAGCAAUGUGCGAUCUCGGAGCGAGUAUUAAUUUGAUACCAUCCUCCCUGGUGAAAAAGCUGCAUAUAGAGGAAGUCAAACCAGUACAAAUGUCUCUAGAGCUGGUAGAUAAGUCAAUGGUAUACCACAGGGGUGUAAUUGAAAAUCUUUUGGUCAAGGUGGACAGUUUUAUAUACCCUGCUGAUUUUGUGGUUCUGGAUUCAAACGAGGAUGAUGGUGACUCUGUUAUACUGGGAAGGCCAUUCUUGGCCACUGCUAGAGCUGUCAUAGACGUAGAGAAAGGGGAAUUAACUCUCAGGAUGCAUGAUCAGAGUGUCACUCUGAAGGUAUUACCAGAGGCACAAUUUAGCAAGGAGAAGAAGGACUAUAUGAAAAUUGACAAGGGAGAAUCACAGUUGAAGGAAGAAAAUGACAAGGAGAGUCACAGCAACAUUCCAAAGAUAAGAGUUGUGUAG